AAUUUCCCGCGUCGUUUGUUUGGGCAAUGAUAGUCCUUUUAAAUGUCUUUAGUUUUAUACAACAACUUACCGUUGUCUGCUUGAGUGCUUAAUUUAUAUUUUGAAUUACAUAUUAUAUAGUUGAAGUAUGGAUUUGGAAUUCCAAGAUGUUCGUGCUGAGGUUAAGGGUAUUAUGUGUACUGGACGACUAAAAUUCACUGAGCAAAAUAUUGUAUUUAAAAAUGUAAAAACUGGCAAAGUAGAACAGUUAACGUCUUCUGAUAUAGAAUUUGUUAAUUGGCAAAAAUUAGUUGGUACAUGUGGUAUCAGAAUAUUUUUGAAAAAUGGUAAUCUUCAUCGAUACAGUGGCUUCAAUGAGUCUGAUCAAGAUAAAAUUGCCAAGUAUUUUAAAAACACAUAUCGCUUGGAUAUGUUGGAAAAAGAAUUAGCCAUUAAAGGCUGGAACUGGGGUAGUACUAAAUUUAAUGGAUCAAUAUUGAGUUUUGAUAUUGGUAAUCUGACUGCUUUUGAAAUACCUUUAAACAAUGUAUCGCAAUGAACUACUGGCAAAAAUGAAGUAACAUUGGAAUUUCAUCAGAAUGACGAAACACCAGUCAGUCUAUGUGAAAUGAGAUUCCAUAUUCCAUCAGCUGAGCUUGCGGGUGACCAAGAUCCAGUAGAUGCAUUCCAUGAUCAAGUAAUGAAGCAAGCCAGUGUUAUAUCAAUAUCUGGUGAUGCGAUUGCUAUAUUCAGAGAAAUGCAAUGUCUUACUCCUCGUGGUCGUUAUGAUAUAAAAGUUUUUCAAACAUUUUUCCAACUUCAUGGUAAGACAUUUGAUUACAAAAUUCCAAUGACUACUGUUCUCCGAUUGUUUAUAUUACCACACAAAGAUGGUCGUCAAAUAUUUUUUGUAGUCAGUUUGGAUCCACCUAUUAAACAAGGUCAAACGAGAUACCAUUAUUUAGUAUUAUUAUUUAAUAUGGAAGAGGAAACAUCUAUUGAACUCCCAUUCACUGAUGAAGAAAUAGAGGAAAAAUAUGCAGGAAAGUUAACUAAAGAAAUAUCUGGUCCUACAUAUGAAGUUCUUGCUCAAGUCAUGAAAGCCAUUGUCAAUAGAAAAAUAACAACACCAGCCAGUUUCAAAGGUCACUCUGGAACAUCAGCAAUUGGCUGUUCAUAUAAAGCUGCUGCUGGCUAUGUUUAUCCACUUGAAAGAGGCUUCAUUUACAUACACAAACCCCCUAUACACAUACGAUUUGAAGAAAUUUCCAGUGUUAAUUUUGCUAGAGGCGGUGGUAGUACUAGGUCUUUUGAUUUUGAAAUUGAGCUGAAAAAUGGAGUUAUACAUACUUUUAGUAGUAUUGAAAAAGAAGAAUAUGGAAGUCUUUACGAUUUCAUUAAUGCCAAAAAGCUAAGAGUGAAAAACACUGGAAAAUCAGAUAAACCUGCUUAUACCGGAGAUGACUAUGGUGAUUCUGAUAAAGAAGCAGAACCUGAUGCUUAUUUGGCCCGAGUUAAACGUGAAGGACAAGAACGUGAUGAAGAUGAUGAUGAUUCAGAUGAAAGUACAGAUGAAGAUUUCAACCCCGAAGGACAAGAGAGUGAUGUCGCUGAAGAGUUUGAUAGUAAUCCAUCAUCAACAACAGAAUCAGAAUCUGGAAAUGAGGAAGGUGGUGGCAGUGACAAAAAGAAAGAAAAGAAAAGGAAGGAUAAAAAACCUAAAUCAGCGAAAACUAUUUCGGAAAAACCAAGAAAGUCAAAAAAAUCGAAGAAACCUGAUGAUGGUAGACCAAAACGAGCUGCAACAGCGUACAUGAUAUGGUUUAAUGAAGCUCGUGAAGAAAUCAAGUCUGAUAACCCAGGAAUUUCAUUUGUUGAUAUAGCAAAAAAAGGAGGUGAAUUAUGGAAAAAAAUGUCAAACAGUGAUAAAUCGAAAUAUGAAGAAAAAGCAGCUAAAUCUAAAGAGGAAUAUAUUGAAGCUAUGAAAGAAUUCAAAGAAUCUGGACGAGGAGCAGAAUCAUCCAAGGAUUCUAAGAAAACGCCCAAGAAACCUUCACAGAAGAAAGCAACACCUGUUAAAAGUGGUUCAUUCAUUUCAAAAGAAUUUAUUGGGUCUGAUGAUGACUCAUCAAGUGAUGAUAAUAGCAAGAAUAAAACAAAAUCUGAAAAGAAAUCUUCUGAUGAUUCAAGCGAUGAUAAAAAAUCACCGGUCAAAUCUAAGAAAACAAAGAAUGAUACUUCUAAAUCAAAGAAGGAAAGGAAAUCUUCUGAUGAUUCAAGCGAUGAUAAAAAAUCACCCGUCAAAUCUAAGAAAACAAAGAAUGAUACUUCUAAAUCAAAGAGGAAAAGGGCGUCUUCUGAUGGUUCAAGUGAAGAAGAUAAAUCAACAUCUAUGAAAAAAAGUAAAAGUGAUUCCGAAGAUGAUGAUGAGAGUAGUGGAAGUGCAUCAGAUGCUAGUGAUUCCGAUUAAAUAUUUUUUAUUUGUCUAAACAUGCAACAAAUUAUAAGCUUUUUUUUUGUGUAUAAUAAUAAUUUUUUUUAAUUACAAAAUUCAACAAAACAUAAUAAUGAUCUACAUUCAGAUUUCAUAAAUCUUGUUAUUUAUACCUGAGUAUUAGUAUUAUGUUUAUUACUAUAUCGACUAAUGGAUUAAUGGAAUUAUGUGCAGUUUAUUCAUAAAUAAACUACAAACAUUCUAUGAUAUUUA